GGACCGUUGCACAUCCCUAAUGGACGCUGAUGAACACUUCUAAGUAUUUCAAACGCCUAUUUGGUGUAACUUGAAAGUUGAAGGUCCAUUGUUGGGAAACAUACAAAUUUCGGUGGUGCAUUUGCAGGAGUAAACACAAAAAUAUAAAUGACUCCUUCCACCCCCAAUUCAAAGAAGCGCGAAGAGAAAAACUUCUAUCGAUUAACCGUCUCUCGGUCUCUGUCAACUGUCAAGGCAUCACCACCUCAGUCUUACUUCCUGAUCCCUGUCUCCGCCAUUGAUGAAGAUCACCAGGGUAGAAGUCACAAGAACCUUGUCUGGUUGGCUGCUGUAAAGGAAGUUGUCAUAAUUUGGAGUUAGAUUGUUAGUUUACGGGUUUUGGAGAACUGGAGAAAGAUAUGGCUGGAAAUUCAAGGACAGGCAAGAGACACAAGACGAGCCAUGUAGUUGAAGAUGUUGCUUCGCUGAGCGAUUUUCCUGACGAAAUUCUCCAUCACGUUCUCUCCUUCGUGGAUACCAAGUCUGCAGUUCGAACCGGCCUUUUGUCAAAGAGAUGGACAAGUUUGUGGAAAGAUGUUCCGGUCCUAAAUUUCGUCCCAAAAUCGUUCCUUACGUUAGCGAGUUUCAGGAAGCAUGUAUACAGGCUCUUGUCUUUCCGCUCCCACCGUACCCCUGUUCGUGACGUUAACUUUGACGUCUGUGGAUAUACGAGGAACGAAACGGGGGGCCAUAUUAGGAAAACAAUUGGACAGAUCAUGAAAUAUGCUUCAUCUCAUAGCGGUGGUGGUCUUGACCAUCUGUCCAUCACUGGUGACAGCAAGAAUUUGUGUUUCAGCUACUUUGCUGACGACAUCUCCACUGGCAGUCAUCAUGCAUCUCUCAAGAGUAUGAAACUGGAGGAAUGCAUUCUCUGGUGUGUCCAAUUUGAUGACCCGGUCUACAAAUCCUCUACGACUCUGGGGUUCAAAUUGCUUACAACUCUGGAAUUGCGUAAAUGCAAUCUGUCAUCUUUUUGUCCUAUGGGGCCCUUUGAUUUGAUUGGUGAUCUUCCUUAUUUGAAGCACUUGAAGUUGCUCCACUGCUAUGUAGAGUGGUUGAUAAUAUCAGGACCUCAGCUGCUUGACCUUGAAAUUGAGUUUCUAGAGAACAACUGCUCUUAUGAAGUGAUUGCUCCGAAGCUCAAAUCUUUACGUUUAUGGGGUGAACGCAUGGGUGAACCCAUUGAUGAACAUAUCAGCAAAGAGUUGAGUCUCCCUGCCCUGGAUGAUGCAAAUAUCUGCCUCAAGUGGCACAAUCCACAUUGUUGGGAGAGUGACACAUAUUUGGAGGAGCAGAAUCGUGCAUUCAUGAAUUACUUAGGUGGCCUGCAUAAUGUUGAAUCUCUAAACCUGUGUUUCGACAAGGAAGGGGAUGAGGAUUGGGAAGAACACCACUUUCCUCUUAACAGAAUUAAGUCUAUAGUCGAGCACCAAGCCCCUCCCUUCACUAGAUUGAAGACCUUGAGGAUACAAUGUGCGCAUCAACAACGCCCGCCAAACGUACCUUAUCAAGUGCUUCGCUAUUUUCUUGAAGGCUCUCCGAACGCGGAAGAUAAGUUUGUGAAGCUUGAGAUGCUUGCUGAUUAAAAAGGGUCAUAGUGGUUUUAUACUUUCACAUGAUGUAAAAAACUGUCAGUAGUCAUGUUCUCUAGUAGUAUAUAUGGUGAUGGCCAUAGUAGUUCUCUGAUGCGUUAUGUCGAUAUCGAUAUAAUCAGUAGUGCCCAAAGUAGUUUCCUCCUUUUGCUAGGGCGAAUAUGCAUUGCUUAUCUUGAGCUAUCUAGUCUGGUUUCUGGCUUCUACUUACCAGUCUCUUUUGCUUUUCCUUUUCUGAUGCAGUAUGUAUGACCUACUAUCUUUUGUUUGAUCAAUGUAAAGGGUUAUUUGAAAAUCGCGAUU